UUGAAAUGUUGUGCCGAAUGUUGUUGGGGUCGGAUGAAGUUAUAAUUGAAAUAUUAAUAGCAUUGGAUCUUGGUGUUGGCACUAUUAAUUAAGGCAUCAUAAUAGAGGCGUCAAUAAAUGGUUCUUUGUCUGUGAAGCUUAUUUUGACCCUGACAGUAAUAGUAAAUGGAGUCUCUCUUGUCUCAAGAAACCCAGGAUCAAGUAAAUCUCUAUUUUGUUCUUCCUAAGGACACUACAGAAACUACUUGCAGUGAAAAGUUGGCAUCAUCCUAUCAGGCAUGUCUGGAUGUUGGUUUUCCAAGUCAGUGGAUAAAAGAAGAAGAUGUGCUCAAAAUGCAACCAGUCAAGCAAGAUGUGUUCAUCUGUGACCCAUUUGAAGGACUAGGUUUUGACCACUUAUCAUCUGGAAAAUUCAAGUGUGUCAGAGUGCUGGGCCCACCAUGCCUGCUGGCCUGUCUGAGUCGCAGCGAACCAGUGCCAGAGCAUCCCUAUCCCCUCUACACAGCCGCCAUGAGAGGCAUGGUGGUCACUUCAACUGGAUUCCAAAAAACAGAAAAGAACCGUCUGCAGCGGCUGGUGCGGCAGAUGUCGGGCGUCUACUCGUCCGACUUCCACGAGGGCAUCACCCACCUAGUGGCAGGCGUCGUGGCCAGCCCCAAGUACCAGGUGGCGGUGGCGCGCGACGUGCCGGUGAUGCGCGCCGCCUGGGUGGACCGGGUGUGGGAGGCCAGCCGGCAGCAGACCGUCUCGGCCACGGACCCGCAGUUCGCCGACCUCGCCUGCCCGCCCUUCCAAGGCCUGUUCGUGUGUGUCAGCCAGAUCAGCCGCCGCGACAAGGAGGCCAUCAAGCGGCUCAUCGAGACCAACGGCGGCAACUACAUGACUCAGCUGGAAUGCGAGAAGACCAAUGUGCUGAUCUCACCCUCGGUCGAGGGUGAGAAGGUCACUUUCGCCAGACGCUGGAAGAUUCCGUGCGUGGUUCCCGAGUGGCUGUAUGACAGCGUGGAGCGCGGCUCCUGUCUCCCGAUGGAGCAGUACACGACAUCGGACAAGAUGGCCAAGCGUUCCUCCACGCCCACCAAGAACCAUACCAUGGCGAGCGCAGGCGAGCUGGCCGACCUCACCAUGAGCACCAUAGUGGGUGCCAACGAGAGUCGGCUGAACCCCGUCAACGAGACGUUGAUGAACGAGACGGCGUCGUUCGCCGUGCCGGCACCGGCGCCCUCGCCCGCCCAGGAGGAACUGGCUGAGCUGGACAGGGUCGACCUGCAGGAGGUGGCCAAGGCAGGCGAGUUCCUGGACGGAUGCAAGGUGCACUGUAUCGGCCUGGACGCGCGCCGGGACGACAAGCUGCGCCGGCUGCUCAACACCUCGGGCGCCAUGCGCUUCUCCCAGCUGCUGCCCUCUGUGACGCACGUGGUGGUGGCGGGCGGCGCGGGCGUGCCGGAGGCGGCGGCGGCCGCCGCCUGGCGCCCGCACCUGGUCACCCUGCGCUGGGUACUGGCCAGCUGGCGCGCCGGCCGGCCGCUGCCGGAGGCCGAGUUUCUGCCGCCGGGGGUGGCGCCGCCCGAGCCGCCGGCCGGGGGUGGCUCCGGAGCCGGUCAGCCGGGCCCGGAGCCGGAGCCGGACGCGGCCGGAGAGGAGACGGUGCUGCCGGGUGCCGAGACCACCGCCGCCGGCGAGGAUACCAUGCUCGAGGCCACGCAGACUCUGUUUGGAGGGCUGCGGUUCCACCUGAGCCGCCACCUGGACGACCAGUCGCUCCAGGAAGCGGUGUACAUUCUGGAGGAGCACGGCGGCCGCCAGGUGCCGGAGCCGACCGCGGCCCGGUUCACCGUGGUACCGCUGGUCCACCCGGCCUCGCCAGAGGACCCCGAACCCGACGCUCUGGUUACACUGGCCUACCUACAGCACUGCGUCGAGGCCGAUAAGCUGCUAGAGCCGGAGUACUUCCACCGGCCGAUCAGCACCACCGAGCACGACAUCCUGACCGGCUGUGUGCUGGGCAUCAGCUCCUACAGCGGCCGCGAGCGGCAGUACCUGGCGCUGCUCGGCGAGAGCAUGGGCGCAGAGUUCCAGGAGGUGUUUGCCCGCCGCGACAACCCGUCCAAGCACGCGCGCGCCUCCACCCACCUGGUGUGCCAGGCGGCCGAGGGCCACAAGUACGCCGCCGCCCGCAAGUGGGGCCUGCCGGCCGUCAGCCGCGAGUGGCUGCGAGCGUGCGCCGCCGCCGGCCGCCGGCUGCCCACCGACGAGUACGCCGUGGAGGGCGGCGCCGAGUCGACGGUGGCGUCUGUGACUUCCAGCGCCGUGUCGGCGGCGCCGGCCCACACCCCGGCACCGGCCGCCCCCGCCCCCGCCGCCGUCCCGGCCGGCGGCCUGCCCAGCUUCAUGCAGCCGCCGGUGGAGCUGACGCCGGUGCGGCCGCCGCAGCUGCCGCCGGCCGACUCGGUGGCGCGCGCGGCGGCGGCGGACGGCACGGCAGACAUGGCCACGCCGCAGACGCCGUACGGAGCGCUGGUGGCCGGCUCCAACCCCAGCAGAUCGACACGGAAGGCCUGGAAACGCUGGGUGGACGCCAUGGAGGAGACGCCCGAGAACAAACGGCGCCGCGUCAGCACGCCCAUGUCCCAGCUGGUGGUACAGUAUUUCAAAACCAACUUCAGCCAGAGAGACAGCCAGGCCGACCCCAGUGCGUCCACUGAAAACAGUCCCGUCGUCAACUCGGAAGAUGUCAACGCGGCGCUUCAGUCUGAGGCGGCCGGAUCCGGACGUACCCCUGCCUCUGCCGUGAAGAGUUCCAAACCCGGCCCGUCGACGGGCACGGCGCCUCGGACGCUGCACAAACGUGGCCGUCCGCCGGCGGCUGAGCUGGGCAGCAGUCCCUGUCUGGGGAACGGCUCGGUCCGGGACCGCGGCGCGACCGCCGAGCCGCCGGCCGCCGACCGCACCGUCACAGAGGAGGGGGAGGCGGCCGGCGACGUCAGCCGGCAGCUGGCCGAGCUGAACCGGCUGGUGUCGCGGCGCAGCGCCGACGGCAGCGGCGCCAGCGGCGAGCACCGCAUGCCGGCCGGCCUGCUGGACCCGCCGCCGGCCGUGGGCGGCUCCGAGUCGGCGCCACAGGCCAUGGAGCUCAACACGCAGGGAACGGCAGUGACCUGGGACGACCCGCGCGAACGGCAGGCUCGUAACAAUCUCAUGCAAGAGGAGGCCGCCCGCCAGGAUGCCGAGAACGUGUCUCCCAACGUUCCGGCGGCGCCGGCCGCCGCUGCCGCCAAGUGUCCGGUGGCUCCGGUGCUGGUGUUCUCGGGCCUGGAGCCGGCGGAGCGGAGCCGCUACACGGCGCUGGCCGAGCGUCUGGGCGGCUCCGUGCUGGACUCGGCCACACUGGAGCCGAGUGCCACACACCUGGUGACGGCGCGGCCCAACCGCAGCGAAAAACACCUGGCCGCCGUGGCCUCCGGCCGCUGGCUCCUGCAGCCCGGCUACCUGGACGCGUGCGAGCGCGCCGGACGCUUCCUCAAGGAGGACGGGUUCGAGUGGGGAGACCCGGAGUGUCUGCGGGCGGCCGGGCUCUCAAAGGACUCCACCGAGUACAAACUCUCCACCGCCGCCUACAGGUGGCGACGGAAAAUCCAGGACGAAGGUAUCCCGGGCGCGUUCCACUCGAUGGUGGCGGUGCUGCUGACGGCCAGGGAGCGCAGUCGGGCGUUCGAGCGGCUGGUGACGGCCGGCGGCGGCCGCGCCGCCUCCCUGGACCAGCUGCGCCGCCGGCCCACGGACGUCACCCACGUGUUCAUCGAGCCGGCGCGCGCCGACAAGCGCCAGCUGACGGCCGAGCUGUGGCGCGAGCUGGCCGAGCGCCGGCUGCCCUGCCUGCAGCCCGUCUACCUGAACGAGUGCCUGACGGCGGCCGCGGCGCCGCGCACCGAGGACUGGCUGCUCGACGAGUACAAACGGCUCCUGGCCGAGACGUGACGCGCCGGGAGCGGACAGAUGGGGCGGACGGACCGCGCCGGGACCGUCGGACGGGGAACCGUCCCUGGCACCGGCUGAGGAGUGACGUCUCGCUCAGACGGUGGGCGAGCCCCGUCCGUGUGGGGAGCACUCCGUGAGCGGUAAGCGCCGUGCUCUCACGGAAAGGGUAUCUCCCCAGCCAGCCAUGUGUGCACAUUGUGUACCGAUUGAAGUGUUUGUGAGUGUGGAAAUAUCGGAUGUCGCCUCUUCACUGCCUAUCCUGAAGCGUUGUGGUUCUUUUUCCAUAGGCUUCGUAUUUUCGCGAAUGAAGCCGUGAUAUUCGUUGUCAUGCUUUCCAGUAUGAAUGAGAUUGGGAUGGAAAUAAAGCAGGUAUACCUUUUACUAAUCUA